AGAGCUUAUUUUUCAGUCGGCCGGUUUGACCUCAUUCCUCUCGUGAGCUCCUUCACCGACUGAGGGUUUUGCAGAAUCACCUCCACUCCUCCAGGCUCCAUCAAUUCAGCUCAUAAGCAUCACCGACCCAUUCCCAAUUUCCCAAAGUUCCUGCCUUCCUGGUCCAGUCGUCAGCUUCGCCGUGGUUUCGAGUCUUGCUACAAACACAUAAGACUGCAAAUGAUUAGCCGAUUGGGUUUGUGAGAUUACAGUUGAGUUCGUGAAGAUCGAGUUUUUGGAGGGGAAAAUGACCUGGGUCAGUGGGUUUUUUGUGAAAUUUUGAUACUUACGCUUAACAAUUGGAUUUUUAGAGUUGGAGAGUGAGUUAAGCAACAACUCAGAUGCUUCAAUGUUGAGGCGGUAAUGCAGAUUCCUAAUUGCCUUUGUUUCUGCUGUUGUACUUGCACAAGUUGUGAGUUGCAAAUCCUGUGUCUGAUUGGUUGUAAAUACAAGUUCAUGUCAUGUUUAUUAUAUGCAAUGAACAAGCUGUGACACUGGAAUUGUUCUUAUGUUUAUUAUAUGCAAUGAACAAGCUUUGAGUUGCAGCUUGCUUUAAUGGAAAAGUAGAAAUGCAAAACUGAGAAAUUGCAGGAAUUUUUUUUUUUUUUUCAUUCGGGAUGUCCCGGAUUGGUCCCGGCCCGGUACCGUUCGGGUUCGGGAUGUUCGGGAUCAAUUCUCAAAAAGUGCCAUAACCGUACCAUCCCGUACCGUAAUUUUUUUUUUCCGGGCCCGGGAUCGGGAUUACCACAUUUGAGGCCCGUACCGUCCCAUGCCCAGCCCUAACUGAUACUGCGCUCUGAAUCAAAUCACAGCGGGGCUUUUGAGAUUUUCUGGAGAAAAUUCCUCUAUCCUCGAAAUGCUUAAACCCUAAAAAGAAGUUGAGGAAGUUCCAAAACCAUGCACAGACCUCUAGCCAGGAUUCCAUUGCGCUCCAUUGCAGAAUCUUUUUCACACCUCCACCAUUGUUGUUAUUGUAGGGACGAAGAAUUGUUGCUGAGAGACUGGACUAUUCUCGAACUCUUACUAUUUCAACUGGUCGAGAUGUUUUAUGGAAUGGAGCAGAAUCAACUACGAUGAAUUUGCAGAUACAAAUUGUUAAGGCUCUGAAAUUGGGUAAAAGAGGCGAAGCCUCCAAUCUUCUUUUGAGUCUAGGCCAGGGAAAUGACGUUAAAGGAGCUGAUGAUUUCUUGCAUAUUCUAAAGUACUGUGCCACGUCACCUGAUCCUUUGUUUGUCAUGGAAGCUUGGACAAUAAUGGAUGAGAAAGAGAUUAGUCUGAAUAGCCUUUGCUCCGCGCUUAUGGUGGAAGCUCUAUGUAAUGAAGGAUACUUGGAGGAGGCAUUAAAAUUGAUAAAUUUUCUUAAACAAAGACAUGGUAUCUAUCCGGUUCUACAUGUCUACAACACUUUUUUGAAAGCUUGUACCAAAAUGCAAAGUAUGGUUUAUGCCAAUCAGUGUUUGGAAUUGAUGGAGCGACAAAAGGUGGGGAAGAAUGAAGUUACAUAUGCACUGCUUCUCAAGCUUGCAGUUUGGCAACAAAACCUGUCUGUAGCCCGUGAACUUUGGAAGGACUAUAUCAAACACUACAGUCUGAGCAUUAUCCCUCUGCAAAAGUUUCUUUUGUCCUUUAGUAAGUUGGGAGAUUUAAAAUCUGCAUGCAAGACAUUGCAAUAUAUGGUGGCUUUAGUCAUCAGGGGAAAGGCUUCUGUUAAUAAAUCUAUUAAGGGAAAGUUGUAUUCUUCAAGAUUGGACAUUCCUAUACCUUUGAACUGCGAAUUAGGCUUGAAGAAACUUAAUUUGGAGGAGAAUGAACAGUCUGUCCCUUCCAGAUACUGCAAGAAUUUGGAUGGCCAUGUUGUUAGUGAGGAUCAAUGCACUAGUUUUGGCUUGGGUUUUGGAGAAACUAAGAGUGUUCCAGCGGAUGGUUUUAAUAUUGAUAUAAGUACUCCUGUUAUGGAGCUUUUGAGACGUUCGUUCACAAACUUGAUAUAUGCUUGUGCAGAAUUAAGAAAUGGUGGCCUGGCUGAGCAGUUAGUCCUACAGAUGCAAAAAUUGGGGUUUCAAAUAAAUAGCCAUGUGUAUGAUGGCUUAAUCAGAGCAAUUGUUCCAGAAAGAGGUUUCAGCAGUGGGAUGGAAAUUUUGAAAAGUAUGCAGCAGAGAAAUUUGAAGCCAUAUGAUCGCACUCUUGCAACCCUUUCAAUAGGUUGUAGCAAGGCAUUAGAAUUGGGUUUAGCUGAGACUCUACUGGAUCAAAUAUCUGUGUAUUCACAUCCACAUGCUUUUAAUGCUUUUCUUGCAGCAUGUGACAUUAGGGAUCAACCUGAAAAUGCCGUGCGGAUGCUAGCUAAAAUGAAACAUCUACAAGUCACGCCAAAUAUAUGGACAUAUGAGCAGCUGUUUUCCUUGUUUGGUAACGUGAAUGCCCCAUAUGAAGAGGGCAACAUGUUGUCACAGGUAGAUGCUGCUAAACGGAUUAAAGCUAUAGAAAUGGAUAUGGCGAACUAUGGCAUUCCGCACAGUUUUGUGUCAAUGAAUAACUUGCUGAAAGCCCUUGGAGCAGAAGGGAUGACGAGAGAGCUGAUCCAUUAUUUACAUGUGGCGGAGAAUCUUUUUUGUCGUAAUCACAUUUAUCUGGGAACACCCAUCUAUAAUACGGUGUUGCAUUCACUUGUUGAGAGUGAGGAAAGCCAAAUGGCAAUUAAGAUGUUUAAAAACAUGAAGUCAUGUGGUGUCCCGGCAGAUGCUGCAACUUAUACUAUAAUGAUUAAGUGUUGUAAAAUUCUCAGAUGUUAUAGAUCUGCUUGUGCAUUGGUUUCUAUGAUGUUGCGAGAUGGCUUUUACCCUCUAACAAUAACUUACACUGCUCUCAUAAAGACUUUGUUGGAAGAUGAUAUCAUUGAUGAAGCACUGAAUCUUUUGGAUCAAGCCAGCUCAGAAGGGAAUAAACUUGAUACUUUAGUUUUCAAUACCAUUCUUCGAAAAGCCUGUGAAAAGGAACUGAUUGAUGUAGUUGAGUUUCUUGUUGAGUGGAUGCACCAAGAAAAAAUCCGGCCUGAUUCGGGGACGUGCUCUUCUGUUUUCAUUGCAUAUACGAACUGUGGUUUUUACAGCACAGCCAUGGAAGCAUUGCAGGUUUUGAGUAUGCGUAUAAUAUGUGACGAAGAUGGAAGCUGUUCAGAAAAGACAAAAUUUGAGGACGACUAUAUCUUUGCUGAAGACGAGGGAGCUGAAUCCCGUAUAAUCCAGCAUUUUAAAGAUUCUAAAGAGGACUUGGCUGUUGCCCUACUGAAUUUAAGAUGGUGCGCGGUGCUUGGCUUCCCAAUUUCUUGGUUGCCUGAUCAAAGCCCGUGGGCAAAAAGACUCUCAACUAACUAUACUGCCAGGAUAGGAGCUACCUAAUAGGGGGAACACUGAUUGUCGCAUGGCAGGGGUGAUCCAUUGUUGUUAUACAAUCAGAAAAAGCUCCUCGACCUCAAAGGCACCUAUCAGCCCUUGAUGAGGCCACACUGCAACUAACCAAUUUUAGAUAAAUAGCACUAACCAGGAAGGUCUAAAGUCAAACAAAACAAAAUCACUGAUUUCUUAGAUUUAUUUUUAGGCUACACUUUGAGAAAACUAGGUGAACCGAGCAGAGAGGAACACAAUAUUUAGGCAAUUUUUGGUUGUACAGAAUGGUAGGGAUAAUGGGAUUUACCCUUGGAUUUGUUAGCAGUAGGUUUCUUGUAAAAAGAUAUUGUGUGCAUUAUGAGAUGGAUGCAUGCUUUGGUGUUCAAUCAAACCAUGAGACUAUGGGACUAGUGCUAUUUUUCCGGUCAUUUUACUUC